ACGACGGGCAUCGGGCCCCCAGGCGGGGCGGCGGGCAUCGGGCCCCCAGGCGGAGCGGCGGGCGCCAGACCCCCCAGAUGGAGCGACAGGUCUCGGGCCCUCAGGCGGAGCGGGCGGGCGCCGGACCCCCAGGCGAAGCGGCGGGCACCGAGUCACCAGGCACACGACAGUGGGCUCCGAGUCAACGGGCAUGACCGCUGGCACUGGGUCAGACAUUGGAUCGUCUGGCUGGACAGCGGGGCAUCGGGUCACCAGGCAUCAGGUUAUUUUGGCUCGACAGCGGGCACCGCGUCAUCGGCAAGGGCAGUGGGCUCCGAGUCAACUGGUAUGAUCGCGGGCACUGGGUCAGACAUUGGAUCGUCUGACGGACAGCGGGCAUCGGUCACCAGGCAUCAAGUCAUUUGGCUCGACAGCGGGCACCGCGUCAUCUGGCAAGGCAGUGGGCUCCGAGUCAACAGGCACGACAGUGGGCACCGGGUCAUCAGGCAUUGGAUUGUCUGGCUCGACAGCGGG